AUGCCCGGCGAUGCGCAAGCCCCUGUGAAGCUCUCGUUGCCUCUCGAGUUUCAGCAAGACAUCUUCAAUGAGCUACGCGGGGAAGAUGAGCUCGUCCUUCUCGCCCGUGGUCUCGGCAUUUUGCGCAUAGUCACAAACCUCCUACAUUCGUACGAUGCCGCUGGUAACAACCUCAUACUGCUCGUCGGAGCCGACGACCGCGAGAAUGUGUGGAUCGGUGAGGCGUUGGCCGAGCACGCGGCAGUCAGUAAUGCGCCCAAAUGCCGCGGCCUGAGUCUGGUCAAUACCGAUCUCAUGAGCGUCGGGACACGGGAGAAGAUGUACGCACAAGGGGGCAUAUUCAGCAUUACGUCGCGCAUUCUGAUUGUGGAUUUCUUGUCCGGCCUGCUCAACCCAGAGACGGUGACUGGUGUCGUGGUUCUCCAUGCUGAACGAGUCGUGGCCACGUCCCUGGAAGCCUUCAUCUUGAGAAUAUACCGGCAGAAGAACAAGGUUGGCUUCCUGAAAGCCUUCUCGGACACUCCAGAGCCCUUCACCACGGGAUUUGCUCCGCUCACUAACAUGAUGAAGAAUCUGUUCUUGACAAAACCAGCGCUAUACCCAAGAUUCCAUGUCGCCGUUGCAAACUCGCUAGAAGGGCGCAAGAAGGCCGAAGUGAUUGAAUUGGAGGUGCCCAUGACGGAAGCAAUGCAGGAUAUACAGAAUGCCGUCUUGGCAUGUGUGGAAGCCAGCAUCAGUGAGCUCAAGAAGGCCAAUCCGGGGUUGGAGGUCGAGGACUGGACAGUGGACAGUGCAUUGCAUAAGAACUUUGACCAGAUUAUUCGGCGGCAGUUGGAUCCUGUUUGGCAUCGGACCACGUUCAAGACGCGACAGGUUGUUCGUGACUUGUCGCUCUUGCGGUCCAUUUUACAUGCACUCCUCACCUACGAUGCUGUGAACUUUAACAAGUACCUCGAUACUGUUUUGGCGGCCUCCCAGCCACCACCAGGGUCAACGAAGCAGAACCAGUCUCCCUGGUUGUUUUUAGAUGCUGCUGAUACGAUUUUUACAACAGCUAAGCGGAGGGUAUACACAGGCAAGGUAUCUAACGCCGAGCUAGCCAACGCCUCAAAUGCAGUACCCGAGUCACUGGAACCUGUCUUGGAAGAGUUCCCCAAAUGGACGCAACUAGCAGAAAUUUUGCAAGAAAUUGAGCAAGAUGCAUAUUUGAAUCCCACACCGCAGGACUCGUCAAAUGGGUCAAUUCUCAUCAUGUGCGGCGACCAAGGUACAGCCGCGCAGCUACGGGAAUAUCUACAGACCAUGUAUGUCAAACCAGAGGGCUCUGCAGAUGAAGAUGAAGAAGAGUACGAGCCGUCAGCAAAGUUCAUGAUGCGACGUAAGCUGCGCAACUACCUGGCCUGGAAACGCGACUUUGGCAAAGUCAGUGCUGCUCUAUUCUCGGAGAACCAGAAAGCCAUCAACAGCAACACAGACAAGAAUGCUCAAAGUGGCGCACGUCCAACUUCUGGUAAGCCUCCGCCUAACAAGCGACGUCGCGUCAGAGGAGGAGGCAACGCAGCAGCUGGUCCUUCAAGAGGUGACACAGGCGCAAUCCGUACAGCCGGAGAUCGUGACGCGCACAUUGCUAGUCUCAUGGCUGAACUAGAGCCCACCGAAGUGGAAGCAGUGCAAAAACUGGGAGAAGUAGGUCUUGAUCCUUUGGAGAAUAUGGAAAGCUACUACGAGCUCUUCGACAUGGACUCGUUGAUCAUCAUACACCCCUACUCUGGAGAUCUAGACGAGCACGUCCUUGACGAAACGAAACCGAGAUAUGUCAUCAUGUACGAGCCAGACGCGGCCUUCAUCCGGCGUAUCGAAGUGUACCGGUCCUCCCACACGGACAGGACCGUCAAAGUAUUCUUCAUGUACUAUGGGGGCAGUGUAGAAGAGCAACGCUACUUGUCGGCUGUCCGACGCGAAAAGGAUGCCUUCACGCGGCUCAUUAAAGAGCGCGCAAACAUGGCUUUUACCCAGAACCCAUCUGCCAAUCUCGCGCCUGAAGAAUCCUUUUUGCGCACAAUUAAUACAAGGAUAGCAGGAGGAGGCCGGCUCGCCGCCACUGCCGAGCCUCCUCGCGUAGUCGUCGACGUGCGAGAAUUCCGCUCGUCACUCCCUUCACUCCUCCACGGCCGGUCCAUGGUAAUCGUCCCCUGCAUGCUCACAGUCGGCGACUACGUCCUCACCCCCCAAAUCUGCGUGGAGCGCAAAUCCAUCCGCGACCUAAUCGCAUCAUUCACCAACGGCCGGCUCUUCAACCAAGUAGAAUCAAUGACAGAACACUACAAACACCCCAUGCUCCUCAUCGAAUUCGACCAAAACAAAUCCUUCACUCUCGAACCCUUUACCGAUUUCUCCGCCCCUGCCGCUUCAAGUACAAACUCCGCCUUCUCAUCAGCAACAACCCCGGACCUCCAAUCCAAACUCGUAAUGCUCACCCUCGCUUUCCCCCGCCUCCGCAUCAUCUGGUCCUCGUCACCUUACCAAACCGCCGAGAUCUUCGCAGAACUAAAGAAACAGCAAGAUGAACCGGAUCCCCUGCGCGCCGUGCAGUUGGGUCUCGAUCCCCAUCUUAGCGGCGAUGAAAUGCGUAGUUUUAAUCAAACGAGUCAGGAUAUGUUGAGGGCGCUGCCGGGGAUCAAUGAGAAUGCGGUUACGGCGCUUAUGCUUAAGAGCGAGAAUAUACUCGAGGUGGCGAAUAUGAGUGAGCGUGAGAUUUGUUGGCUGGUGGGUACGGAUGUGGGGAGGAGGGCGCAUCGGUUUUUGAAUCGGAGUGUGUAUGAGGAUGUGCAGUUGCAGGUGUUUAGUUAG